AUGUCUGCCAUCCUCAAACAAAGAGUUAGGUACGCCCCAUACUUGGAAAAGCUCAGAACCCCUGAACAGUGUGUUGAGUUCUUCAAGCACGGCCAAUACAUUGGUUGGUCUGGUUUCACUGGGGUUGGGUCUCCUAAAGCAGUGCCAAUUGCCCUUGCUGAACACGUUGAAAAAAAUAACUUACAAGGGAAACUCGCCUUCAAUUUGUUCAUUGGGGCCAGUGCUGGUGCAGAAGAAAGCAAAUGGGCCGAUCUUAACAUGUUGUUGAGAAGAGCCCCUCAUCAAGUCGGUAGACCAAUCGCCAACGCCAUCAACGAUGGGAGAACCCAAUUCUUUGACAAGCAUUUGUCGAUGUUUCCUCAAGAUUUGACUUACGGAUACUACACCAAAAACAAGGAAAAUGAUUUGUUAGAUUACACCAUCAUUGAAGCCACUGCCAUCAAGGAAGAUGGUUCGAUUGUUCCUGGUCCUGCUGUUGGGGGUUCUCCAGAAUUCAUCAGUGUUUCUGACAAGGUCAUUAUCGAAGUCAACACCGUCACCCCAUCAUUCGAAGGGCUUCACGACAUUGACAUGCCAAUUAACCCUCCUUUCAGACCAGCUUACCCAUACUGCCGUGUCGAUGACAAGUGUGGCCGUGAUUCCAUCCCGGUUGAUCCAAACCGUGUUGUGGCGAUCGUUGAAAGUACCCACAAGGACAGAGUUCCUCCAAAUACCCCAUCCGACGAAAUGUCGCGUGGGAUCGCUGGUCAUUUGAUCGAAUUCUUCGAACAAGAAGUCAAGCACGGGAGAAUGCCUGCUAAUUUGCAUCCUUUACAAUCAGGUAUCGGUAAUAUCGCCAACGCCGUGAUUGAAGGGCUUGCCGAAUCUUCAUUCAAGAACCUCAAUGUGUGGACGGAAGUGUUACAAGAUUCUUUCCUCGAUUUCUUCGAAAAGGGGACUUUGGACUACGCCACCUCGACCUCGAUCAGAUUGACCGAAAAGGGGUUCGAAAGAUUCUUUGGUAAUUUCGACUUAUACAAAAAUAAACUUUGCUUGAGAUCCCAAGUGGUGUCAAACUCUCCAGAAAUCAUCCGUCGUUUGGGGGUUAUUGCCAUGAACACCCCUGUCGAAGUCGAUAUCUACGCCCACGCUAACUCCACCAACGUGUCCGGUUCAAGAAUGUUGCACGGUAUUGGUGGUUCUGGUGAUUUCCUCAGAAACGCUAAAUUGUCAGUGAUGCACACCCCAUCCGCUAGACCAUCCAAGACCGACAAGACCGGUGUAUCAUGUAUCGUGCCAUUCGCCUCCCAUAUCGACCAAACAGAACAUGAUUUGGACAUCGUGGUCACCGAACAAGGGUUGGCCGACCUUCGUGGUAUGUCUCCAAAAGAAAGAGCCCUCGAAUUGAUCAACAAGUGUGCCCAUCCAGACUACAAGGACCAAUUGAAAGAAUACUUUGACAGAGCUGUUCACUACACCACCAAAAAGAAGGCCUUGCAUGAACCACACAUCUUGGCCGACGCUUUCAAGAUGCACUUGAAUUUGGAACACAAUGGCACCAUGAAGUUGGAAAACUGGGACGUGAAGUUCUGA